AUGCCACGAGACACGUUCCUCAGCUUGCCGGCAGAAGUGCUUCUGGAGAUAUGUCGACACCUAGUGAUAUCGAUGCAGAACCAGCGGUACCGUUUCCGUCCCGACGGCAGCGGUUGCGACGGCGGCGUCGAAACACAAACAGAGACCUCCAACGCCCUUGAGUGUCGGGCAGCCCUGGCCAGGUUGAUGCGGACGUGUAAAGUCAUGCACUCCGUUGCGGGCUGCGUGCUCUACUCUGGCUACUACAACAUCCGGCACCCCUCCGAAGCCGUUGCCUUUCUACAGACCCUCGAUCCACGGAGUACCGCCACCACCAUCAAUGGCGGCGGCGUUAGGCUCGACGACGACGAUGACGAAGUCUCUGCAAUCGGCAAACAGGAUUUCCGUCUCGAACUGGUCAGGCACUUGGACGUCCACAACAACGUGUUUAGCAACAGCGCUCUUGACAUUGACUGGUCAGAAGAGCAGCUGAAGAGCCUCGAAGCGGACUGGAUCGUCGAGGCCGCGCACCGCCUGGGUAUCCCGUUUCCCAAAGACUGGAACCAAUGCCGCCUAGAAUGCGGACCGUCGGAUCACGUCUCCGAGUACAUGAGCCAACUUCUCCUGCGAAGUCUCCCCAACCUGGCGAGCCUCCACGUCAGUCUAACUCGGCCAUGGAAGUUUGACCUCCUCAGAACCUGGAUCAACAACAACGACACUGCAAACGUUGGCUUCCUGCCAAACCUCAGACACCUAAAGAUCCGUCUGCAGUCCAUCGAGGCAAGGAGCUCGCAGAGCCACAAAAUCAUCAUUGACAGCGCGCCCCUACUCGCCACGCUGGAAAUCUACGACACGUCCUCCUUCCGGAUCCCAAAGGGUUCCCGCCUCGAGCACCUGCGGUCCAUCACCUUUGCAAACUGCUCCACGGACCGUUGCAGCAUGGAGAACACCCUAAUGGCCACGCCCAACAUCACCCGCUUCGAGUACCACGCCACGGCCUCCUCGACAGCAGCAGCUUCCCCCAAGAACCCGCCCCUCACGCCACAAAUGCUCCGCCACCUCCUCAGCAACGAGUUCGAUCUCACGGAUCCGCCCUUGCGCGACGACCAGGGCGAGGUGAUCCACGUCGAGCUCCCAGACCUUCACCUCCAGCUCAAGACUCUCGUCGUCGACUUUCCCAUAGGUGAGAGAAUGGGCUACUGGACGAAUGAAGAGACCAUCAAUAACUUGCGGGAUUUUGAGGAGUUGCGGCAUUUGAGCAUCAAUGUGGGCAGCAUCACCCAUCAAUCCCAGAGCGGCGGCGAAAUCACCGUCAAUAACCUUGACGAGCUGAUUCCCGAGAACCUGGAGUGUUUGAGGAUUACGCGCGUGGGAGACUGUCUCGACGAGCUGACGCGGGUGAGUCUGCCAGACUUGGCGUGCGAGCUGAAGGAAGGACGGUUCAAGAGUCUGAACCGUGUUGAGCUCGCGGAUUGUCCGGUCACUGAGUACCAGCGGAUGACUAUCCAGCACAACCUUCAGGAAAUGUUCGGUUGGCAAGAGGAUUCUCGGAUACGGGUGAGUGGUUGUGAGUGA